AUGCCCAAAGACUUUGCGCCCUUGAAGAAUGAUCGACUUCUUCGCGCCGCACGAGGCGAGAAGGUCGAUCGACCACCAAUAUGGGUGAUGCGACAAGCCGGCCGUUACCUCCCUGAAUACCACAAGGCGAAAGGCACGCACAACUUUUUCGAAUGCUGUCGAUCUCCCGAGAUCGCGUCGACAUUGACCCUCCAGCCCAUCGACCGCUACGAUGGUCUUAUCGACGCAGCGAUCAUAUUUUCCGACAUUCUCGUGAUUCCACAAGCCAUGGGUAUGGAGGUGCAAAUGAUUGACGGCGUUGGACCCAGAUUUCCGAACCCUCUGAGGAGCCCCCAAGACGGACAGUACCAGGAACUUGUCAAGAGAAAGGUCGACGUAGAGAAGGAGUUGGACUACGUCUACAAAGCUAUCACGCUGACGCGGGACAAGCUGGCGGGCAGGGUGCCCUUGUUUGGCUUCUGCGGCGCACCCUGGACACUGCUCUGCUACAUGGUCGAAGGCGGCGGGACGAAGUUGUUCAAGGAGGCAAAGACGUGGGUGUACAAGCAUGGCGAGGAGAGUAAAGUGCUCCUGCAGAAGAUGGCGGAAAUCUGCGUGGAAUACCUCGCCUUGCAGGUUGCCGCGGGCGCGCAGAUCGUGCAAGUGUUUGACUCAUGGGCCGGGGAAUUGUCGCCGGCGAGCUUCAAAGAGUUCUCUCUCCCGUCGUUACGAUAUAUCUCGGAACAUCUGCCCAAGCGGCUACGCGAGAUGGGGGAGGACGUGGUUCCGAUGGUAGUGUUCGCCAAGGGCGCAUGGUACGCGUUGGACGAACUGUGCGACUCGGGCUACGACGUGGUUGGGCUCGACUGGCUGCACGAUCCGGCAGAGGCCGUCAGGAUAGCAAAGGGUCGCGUGACUCUCCAGGGGAACGCCGACCCGGGCGUCCUCUACGGCACGCAUGAGGCGAUCACCCACGUCGCGGAGAACAUGGUGCGAGGCUUCGAGGGCGGGAAGCAACGAUGGAUCGUCAACCUCGGACACGGGAUUACGCCCGGUGUGAAUCCGGAUGACCUGAAGUUCUUCUUUGAGGAAGUCCACCGAUGUACAGCCUGA